AUGACGCAAGGUCUUGUCAAGGAAAAUAGUACAGAUAAUGUAGGUUCAGCUUCGGUUUCCAAUCCAGAAAAUAGCAGAUUCCCUAGCUCAUCAGAAGUACGAUUACCGGCCCUAAAUCUGCCAAUAUAUUCAGGAGAGGCAGGUGAAUGGCUCCAGUUUCGCGAUAGCUUUGAUAGCUUGAUAAAUAGCAACCUUUCCAUUAGCAAUGUACAGAAAUUUCACUAUCUAAAGAGAGCUUUGAAGGGUGAAGCAUUUGAAGUUAUCGCCAAUAUCCAGGUCACACAUGACAAUUUUCUGAUAGCUUGGGAUUUAUUGUGUGACCAAUAUACUGACAAGAGGGCAUUGUUGCAUGUACAUACCAAGGCCUUAUUCGAUAUUCAUCCUGUAAAAAAGGAAUCUUCAAAGAGUUUAAGCCACUUGGUAGAUCAUGUUAGGAUGCACUUAAGGUCUUUAAAGUCAUUAGGACAGCCUACAGAAUCAUGGGAUACUUUAAUUAUAUAUUUGGUAUUCACUAAACUUGAUCCAGUGACAAUUAGAGAAUGGGAAUCAAAGGAUUUCGUGAAUGAUACUCCUAAGUUGGAAGCUUUUCUCACAUUUUUAAAACAAAAGGCAAAAAUGCUCAAAAGAAUGGAGGAAAAAGCUACAGAGGCAAAUUCAAGCCAAAACGUAAAGGGACAAACUUCUAAACCACCAGCAGAGUCUAGUAAUGGAUCUAAUUCUCAUGAUCAGAGAAGUUAUCACAUCUCAAAUCGUACUUGUGCAUCAUGCGAUGCUCCAAAUCAUAAAAUUUAUACAUGUACAAAGUUUCUAAGGUUGUCUGUGCCUGAACGAACCGAUUUAGUUAAAAAAUCCAAUUUGUGCAUUAACUGUCUAAAUCGGGGGCAUCAGGUAAACAAUUGUAACUUUGGUCAUUGCAAAAAUUGUACUGUUAAGCAUCAUUCUCUGUUGCACGUUUCUGAACCUUCUACAUCUAACACCAAUACGCAACAGUCUCUAUUUACAUUUAAUUUAAGUUCAAAACAGGUACUUCUAUCCACUGUCUUGUUAGAGGUAGUUGAUUCAAAGGGAAAUCGUCAUGAUUGCAGAGCACUUUUAGAUCCAGGGAGCCAGUCUAAUUUCAUUAGUUCACAUUUAUGCCAUAAACUUGCACUACCAAGAAAGCCUACACAUAUUACGAUUUCAGGGGCAUUCAAGGUGGAAUCCAAAAUUCAGGCUGUUUGUCAAAUUCAAAUUGUGUCUAAAAACACUCCAUUUACUGCUCCUUUAGUCUGUUUGGUAGCUCCAGAAAUAUGCGAUGUUGUACCCGAAACUCCUAUUGAUCCAGUAUCUCUUUCGAUACCUACAUGUCAUAAAUUAGCAGAUCCUGAUUUUCACAUUCCCAAACAAAUUGAUCUUCUCAUAGAUGCUGAGUUGUUUUGGGAAACAUUAUGCAUAGGACAGAUUCGUCUUAAACCUUCAGGUCCGUUUCUUCAUAAAACUAAGUUCGGUUGGAUAGUUAGUUGUCCACUUUCAAAGCCCCUUCUUUUAGACCGAUCCAGUUCUUCUCCAAGUUAUUCACAAAACUUAAACAUACAAAGUCAGCUUGCUCGCUUUUGGGAAAUACAGGAGUGUUCUGACUUAAUUCAGUCUCCAGAAGAGAAAUCUUGUGAAGAUAUGUUUACUUCUACACACUACAGAGACAAUAAAGGUCGAUUCGUGGUCUCAAUAACCUUGAAAGAACCUAUUUCUAGACUAGGUGACUCAAGAUCUAUUGCACUUAAAAGGUUUCAUGGUCUAGAACGUAAACUUCAGCGGAAUGCACAGCUUCGAGAGUUAUACACUUCGUUCAUAAGAGAGUAUAAAGAGUUAGGGCACAUGUCCAAGCACCAUCAAAACCAUAAAGUAAGAGCAAAAUUAGCCGUUCACAACCAAUGA